AAGUGUAAGUUAGAAUAGCAUUAAGGCUGCUCUAACUUACACCAAAAGCCAAGUAGGACUUUGCAUAUAAGGAGUGUAAUAAUGAGCCACACCCAGCUCCCUGAUGUGCCAUCUAGCAUGGUGGGAAAACUGAAACUGAGGUCAACUAAAUAGCCAGAAACACAGUGAAAAUUAAUCUGAGGUUUCUGCAUACUCUGCCAAGAGCCACAAAGAGGGUGUGAUUUAAACAUCUAUUUAACGGUUAGCAAUGUGAUGCUGGAAACAGCGCAGGGGGCAGCAGGUCUGUGUGGGACGGGGUAACUUGGGGCUGACAUGAGGGGCCAAUCAGCAGGGGAUAUAUGCCAGGGCUCAUGGGAGCUCUAACCCUGGCGAUAGAGCAGAUGGCAAGGGAGGCUGAGGAAGGGGAGCAAGUGACUGAACUUGUGAGAUUGUGCAGGGGCAGCACGUACUGAGUGAGGGACCCUUGCUGUUUCAGCAGCCAGUGACUUUCAAGGAGGUGCCUGUGUAUUUUUCUGGGGCAGUGGGCUCUGCUGGAACCCAGUCAGAGAGCCUUCUACAGGGACGUCAUGCAAGAGAAUUCUGAGACUGUGACCUUGCUGGGUGAUGGGGCAGUGAGCACGAAUGAGGAAGAGAAUCUGCAGCAGGAAGGUGCCGAGCCUGUGGAACCGCCCAGGAUGUUAUUGCAACAUCCUGAAGGGAACGUUUCCCAAAGCCCGGAGCAGGGGACUGACAGGUGGAAUCUGCGCCGGUCCCUUAGGCAGAAAGGAAAACAGCCUGUGGAGAGAGAGCUCAGAGAAACCAUCCACCAGGAAAUCCCCACUGGAGAGACACCGAACACAUGUGGUGAGUGUGGGAAGAACUUCCGGUGGAGAUCAGCCCUUAUUGAUCACCAGAGAAUCCACACAGGAGAGAGGCCCUAUCAGUGUGACAAAUGUGGGAGAAGCUUCAGCAGGAGUUCGAACCUCGCUACUCAUCAGAGAUUGCACACGGGAGAGCGACCCUACAAAUGCCCUGACUGUGGGAAAGGCUUUAAUCACAGCUCCAAUCUUUCUGCACAUCAAAGAACCCACACGGGAGACCUGCCUUACAAGUGUCCCGAGUGUGGGAAAAGCUACAGCGUGAGCUCCUACCUCCUGAGACAUCAGAAAAUCCAUACAGGAGAGAGACCCUAUAAGUGUGAUGAGUGUGAAAAGAGUUUCGGCCAGAGCUCAACCCUUGUUAUCCACAAGAGAGUGCACACAGCAGAGAAGCCCUAUAAAUGUCUUGAGUGUUGGAAAUGUUUCAGGAACAGCUCUGACCUUAUUAGACACCAGAGAACCCACACGGGAGAAAGACCUUAUAAAUGCAGCAAGUGUGGGAAAAGUUUCAAUGAGAGCUCGCACCUCACCAGGCAUCAGAAAACCCACACAGGGGAGAGAACCUAUAAAUGCCUCGAGUGCAAUAAAUGUUUCAAGAACAGCUCCAGGCUCAUUAGACACCAGAGAACCCACACAGGGGAGAAAUCCUAUAAAUGCCCUGACUGUGAGAAAAGCUUCAAUCGGAGCUCAAACCUCAUCGUCCAUCAGAGAUCCCACAUGGAGCAAAAGCCCUACAGGUGCCUGGACUGUGCUAAAACCUUCAGCUGCAGCUCACAGCUGAUCAGGCACCAGAGGAUCCACACAGGAGAGAAACCCUAUAAAUGCCCUGACUGCGGGAAAAGCUUCACCGUGAGCUCACAACUGACUUCCCACCAGAGACUCCACACUGGAGAGAAGCCCUAUGGAUGCCCCGAGUGCGGGAAAAGCUUCCGUCACAGCUCAGGACUUGUGUCACAUCAACGGAAACACAAGAAGGAGGGCUGCCCUAUUGUGGUGACAGCCCAGACUUUAUUGCAUAUUACAGUGGUGCCCAUGCAAAGCAGCAGUGCUUAGAUCCCACGCAGGAAAAAGACACUAUACAUCUGUAGAAUGGGUUGAAACUUUCCCAUGAAAACUAUUUUUAAUGGAAAAUUGGGGGGGUUGAUCUGACCCAUUUUUGUGAAAAGUGUCAAGUGUCUGCUUUCUAGGGGGGAAAAAAUUAGUGGGUGUUUUGUUUUUUGUUUUUUUUUGGGGGGGGGGGAGGCAAGGG